AUGAAGUAUCUUGUGGUAUCGGGAGGUGUGAUCUCCGGGGUGGGCAAGGGAAUUGUCGCCUCGAGUGCCGGACUGCUCAUCCAGAGCAAAGGUCUUCCUGUGACUUGCAUCAAGAUAGACCCUUACAUCAACCUUGAUGCCGCGACCACGAGCCCUCGCGAACAUGGCGAGAUUUACGUGACGGAUGAUGGUGGGCAGGUGAACAUGGACCUCGGAAACUACGAACGGUACCUUUCAAUCACGCUGGGCCAAGAUCAUCAUAUCACCACCGGCAAGGUGUACCAACAAGUCAUCAAUGCCGAACGUGUCGGAGAAUACCUCGGCAAGACUGUCCAGGUGGUUCCCCACGUCACUGAUGCCAUCUCGGCGUGGAUUGAGCGAGUGGCUCGGGUUACCGUCAACGAUUCCGCUACUGAGCCUGCUGUAUGCAUUAUCGAGCUUGGCGGUACCAUUGGGGACAUCGAAAGUUCUCCAUUCAUUUACGCUCUGGCCCAGUUGCGCAAGAAAGUCGGCAAACAGAACUUCGUCCAUGUUCAUGUCACUCGGUAUUUCGGGUUACGGUGUUUUCUGACAAACGAAUGUAGUCCAGGAACCGAAAGUGAACAGAAAACCAAGCCCACUCAACGAGCUCUGCGGGACAUUCGAGGUUCUGGCCUGGAUCCUGAAUUGAUCGUUUGCCGCUCCGCAACACCAUUGAGCCCAGCUCUCAUCCACAAGCUUUCCAACAUGUGCUCAGUGGAGCCCGAGCAGGUAUUCAGCGUCCAUGAUGUAUCAACGACAUACCAUGUACCCAUUCUUCUUGAACGUCAAGGCUUCCUCCGCGCCAUUAGCAAGUACCUCGACCUCCCUUCUGCGGCAUCACCUCAGGGCACCACCAUGUGGAAACAGUGGGUGGACCUAGUCCAGAGUUCAGAAACCGCUCGCGAAACAAUCCCAAUUGCGCUCGUCGGAGAAUACGUUUCCCGUAAGGACGCUUACCUGAGUAUCACCAAGGCUCUUGAGCAUGCAGCCAUGUUCUGCCAUAAGAAGGUUGAAAUAAUCUGGGUUAACGCGAACGACCUCGACCCGGCGAAAAUGUUCACUUCGCCAGAUAAGUGGCACAAAUCUUGGUAUGACCUUCUGUCAGCAGAGGGCGUCAUCAUGCCCGGUGGACCUGAAACACACCCUGGGAUGGGAAUGGUCAAGGCCAUAAACUGGGCGAGGGAAAAUAACAUACCCUUCCUGGGGAUUGGUUUGGGUAUGCAUCUUGCUUUUAGUGAGUUCAUGCAUUUCAAUGAGCCUGCACGCGAACAUAAUAGCGAGAACUUUUCGGAUUGGCAAUACAAUUUGUGCAAUUUCGUGUACCCUCAACCUGAUGUCGACAACCUCACCGGUACCUCUGACAUGCUACUGGGGAAUCAUGAAUUCCAGUUCCAUCCCGACAUUGGGUGGUCGAAGGUGCGGGCUCUCUAUGGGACUUCAGUGUCGUCGACUCAAGAGCGUCAUCGGCACACACACUUCGUGCACCAGCAUUCAGUUGAGGUUGUUGCGGACUGGGGCUUUCCCUGCAUUGCCGUGGAUUCGGUUAGUCGUCGAAUGGCGAUCCUUGAGCAUCGUUCACACCCUUGGUUCGUCGGCGUGCAGUUCAAUCCCGAAUAUCUGAGCCGCGUGUUACAGCCAAGCAAGACCAUUCUUGGUUUCUUCGCUGCUGCUGCUGGAUGUUUGGAGGAUGUUACGGAGACAUUAGUGCAGGGCCGCUCAAGCUUGCGAAACUGA